CUCCCGGCCUCCACUAUGUUGAGGAUUUCCACCAGACUGCGGCCUCAUGUGACCUCCAGGGUGGUGCGGGGCAGAGGUGGAGGUGGAGUGGGGCGGAGGUUCCAGUCGUCUCAGUCUGGGAGGGGCGGGGUGGGGAACGGACUGCUGGUGGUGGCCGGGAGCAGCACCUUUGUGGCGGGGCUGGUGGGCUACGCGGCCUGGAGUGAUGACAACAGGAGGAAGGUAGAGAGAGGCAUCCCAGGGUCCAGCUAUGUGCUCUCGGGACUCCUGGGGCCACUGGCAGAGAAGCCGCCAGUGACAGAGGAGCAGGGUUUGCUGAAGAAGAAGCUCGACAGGGAGAAGAAGAAGAAGCCCAAGGAAGUGGAGUCUGCACCUGCACCUGCUGUAGAGGAAGUGAAGCCAGGUGACGCAGUAGUGGAGAGCCUCAGUCCUCCAGCCAGCAGUGAGGAGACACAGCAGCAGGGGGGCAGUGAGGACGCACCCGAACACAGCACAGAAUCCGCGCCACUACAGGAGGUGACACCAGACCCCGCAGUGCCUGUAGAUGCUGCAGAGGUCACCACAUCACCACCAGUGCCUGAGGAAAAGCCAGCUGUUAUAUCCCUGGAGGAGCGACUUGCAUCCUCCGAGGUAUCACAGGACGUGGAGAACGCGGCACUGAGUCAGGCACUGCAGGACCUCGCAUACCAGGCCCAGAAGGAGUUGACGGGUGCCCUGAGUGCCGCCGAGGAUGCAGCAAGGGUGGUGCAGCAACAUGCAGAGAAGGCGUACCAGGCCAUUGACGGCGCCCAGGACAAGGAGCAGUUUGAGGCGGUGGCGGAGCUGGCCGUGGAGCGCAACCGCCUAGUGGAGGAUGCCCAUAAGCGGAUUGCUGCUGCCGGGGAGGCGGUGGAGAAGUUCCGAGAGCAGGUGAGUGAGGGGCAGCAGUCCGGCCUGACCAAGGAGAACCCGGCACUCAUCGCUGCGGAGGAGACACUUGUGGAGAUGAAGUAUGCAGUGGACAAGGCCAGGGGAAUGAUUCUGGAAGCUGAGAGGGAUAGCAAGGUUGUGAGCAGCUACAAGGCAUUGGUGGAGGCUGGGAGAGAGCAGUUUGAGGCAGAGGUGAGAUCCCUGCUGCCCGAGGUGAAGCUUGGAGAGACAAGUGACAAGCUAACACAGGACGAACUGAACCUCCUCUUGGCACACGCUCAUCGCAAGGUCCUCCAUAUGCAGACCCAGCUGGCGCGCCUUCAGGCUUCACAGGAGACGAUGGAACACGAUCGAUUCAAAGAGGCAUUGGCGAGGCAGCGGUCUGAGGAUAGCCAGCUGCUGGAGGCCAAGGUGGAGACUGAGCUGGACAGGCAGAGGCAGCAACUGGAUGUGGAAUACAAGAAGCGAGUAAUGGACAUGAAGGAGGAGCUGGAGGGGGAGCUGAGGUCACAGUUGAAGCGUCAGGCAGCGGCUCACAGCGACCACCUGGCUGACGUCCUCUAUGUGCAGGAGAAGGACCUCGAGAACAAGUGGUCAAGCAUCCUACAGGACAAGGUACAGAGUGAGAAGGAUACCUACCUGUCCUCCCUGGCCAAGAUUCAGGGCCAGCUCCAUGGACUCCAGAGUGCCCUGGCCAUGCGUGCUGAUGUGGAUAAGGCGGCCCUUUCUGCUCGGGAACUGUGGCUGGCCUGCGAAUCACUCAGAAAUGCCCUCAGAAACUCAGGAGAAGGAGCCCCGUCGUGGGAGGAGCAACUCAAACCACUGCAAGACCACAUCUCAGCUAUCAGGAAGGCUUCUGGGGGAGAUAGCAACCCAUAUGUGGAGGCUGUGCUGGCGUCCCUGGGAGAAGAUGCUGUGGGGCGGGGCGUGUACCCUGAGGAGGCCCUGAGGGAACGCUUCAUCAAGGUGGAGAGGGUUUGCAAGCGAGUGGCCAUGAUUGGGGACAACGGGGGCUCACUCCUCAGGUACUUGCUGUCAUAUAUCCAGAGUUUCUUGGUGCUGGAUGCCUUUGAGUACCUGCCGGGAAGUGAGGUGCGCAACGAGGAGGUGGCGGUGGACUCCCUCUCCAUCUACGACAUCCUUGCUCGGGCCAGGUACUGCUUGGAGAAGGAUGAUUUGUGCAUGAGUGUGCGCUACAUGAACCUGCUGCGAGGGGAGGCAAGGAACGUUGCCUCCGGGUGGCUGAAGGAGGCAAGACUUACACUAGAAACCCGCCAGGCAGCUUACGCCCUCCUGGCACACGCUGCUGCCACGGCUGUACAGGCACUUUGAAAACCCAGGCAUUUGUUAUUAGAUUAAGACCUCAGAAAAUUUAUGAUCGGCAAUGCUCCCUUUCAUUAUUUUUUUUCCCGAACAAAGAUAUCCAUUGUGUUUCCCAGUGGUCUUGAAAGGUGUGUGAGGUGGUUAGCUGUUGUUGCCUUUGGAGCCUCAUCAGAGCUUGUUAUCAGCAUGGAGGUUUAGUAUCAGCUUGUCAGGACCUCACCCUACUGUUAAAAGUUUUCCCUACUCCUUUUCCUUCCUCCCCAGUCAUGAAACCGAAGCACAGAUUGCCUUGUAUAGUUAAAGCCUUCAUUUCUUCUCCCUGCUCAACAUGUGUCAUAUCUUGAACCUCCUACACUUCUCCAUUUACUCUCCCACUCCCUCAUAUCCACACAUAUUAGGACCAGCAGUGAGGUGUUUGUCUCUAAAGUGCUGUAGUCCGCCACUCCCCAGGGCCUCGGAGCACCCCAGGUUUCUGUGCUACUGUAGGUGCGAUAGUUUCGAUGGAGGGGUGUUCCUGAAGUGCCUUAGGGUGGGUGGUCAUAGCAUUAGGGAAACUGCAACAAGCCAUCAGAUCUUACACAUGGCAGUUCCUUUAUGUACUUAACCUAUCCUGUUUUUCCCUUUCAUUCAGUCAGGCACACAUUCAGUAGCUUGGUAACAUCUUGGCCUGUCACUUGGAAGGCUUAGGUUCAUAUGUCAGUGUGUCUUAAGAGUUUGGUUUGAAAGGUUUCCGUAUCAGUUUUAAUCUGUCUCGGAAGGCACAGCUGGUGAUCCUGAAGGUGAAUUGCACGUAUGUCUUCAGAAAAUUUGUAAGGUGUGGUUUGUUUUAUUGCAAGUCCUGAGAGUGUGUGGGAUGUGCCUCUUACCUUUGUUUCUUGUCUUAAUUCUCACUGUACCCAAGUUUAUUUUUAUCACAGUUAUUCUCUUAUUUUACUGUUUAUUUAUCUUGUGUAUUUAAUUUCUCUUAUCUGAAUCUUAAAAUCAUGCACUCUCUCUUCUUGUAUCAUUAUUCUGCUUCCAUCUCCUUUUGUGCUUCUCUCUGUCUUCUGCCAAGAGAAAAACACUAAAAUAUAUUGAAAUAGGUCACUGCCAUUGGAAGGUUGAUUUGCAGAGUUUGAGAUGAAGAACUCUUAAACUGUACUCCUCACUAGAGCUGCCAGUAUAACACACAACUUUAUCAAUCCACUGGUGAGAGAGGCAUAAUGAGUAUUGUAUAGUGUCUGCAGAGUGUAUAGUCUCAUAAAGCUGUAUGGGACUGAGGUGGAGCAUUCACAAGAGCUAUAUAGUCCUCUUGGCUGGAGCAUUUAUUUUAUACAGUUUCACCCUCAUAAAGAAGCUGCCUAAGUUGUUUUUCUAGCAAUGUGUAGAUUAUUUGUAUGGAUAUAUUCUUCAUAUAAAGGGUGUGAGUGUUCCAAAAGCUGCCUGGCUCUUGUAAAAUUAAAAUAAGAGUUCUCAUCCAGAUUUCCCCUUUAAAAGAUGAGGUGACUGUGGCAGCUUGGUUAUGAGGGUGGCAGAAGUGUUAAUGUGGGAACGCCCUGCCUGCCAGUGCCCCUCCAAGCUGUGUGAAGGAGGGCAGGGUGCUGGCUCUGUUCCGCCCUCCAAACUGGGUUAUGUUUUUACAGGAGUAAUAUAUAUAUGUAGUUGUGGCGGAGAUGUGUACAUAUUGUGCAUACUUAUACUGUUAUAAAGCAGCAUUCCUUGGUGAAUGAAUCAGAAUAUAUACAAA